GCAGGUGGAGUGCAGGUCUGCGUAAAAACAGCGCAGCCUCUUUAAAGGGACCGACGCGUUGCUAUGAUAGUUAGCGUUAGCUAGCUGGUUAGCAUUGAGCUAACGGGCGUAUUUGUUGGGAGAGCUUGGAAAUUAGAAUAUUAAUGGAUUAAGCGAGCUUAUAGAAAACAUGUAAAGGGUUUUGAUACACUAUUUGUUUAGUAAGCGUUACGUAUUAAGUUAGUUUACAGCUGCGAAGUAGUUAGUUAGCUAGCGUUAGCUAACGUUAGCUAGGUUAGCUAACUAGCCAAGCCAGAGCUAUAGGUUCAUUGACUGGUAGCUCGUUUAGAUGGGUUAGCUUGUUUAGCUAAGCUAGUUACCUAGCUACUGAAAAUUGGGAUUUUUAAACGUUAUUUAAUUAACUUUUUAUUUUUUUGAAGCUGGAAAUAAACAGAUAUCUGUCUUAACCUUGGUUAGGUUUAACGUAACAAAACUAACAGGACGCAAACGGACUCUUAACUAAUAGCUAAGCUAGUUUAGUUUUGUGUUUUGUGUUCAUUUAGUUGUUAGUACAUUAGUAUUAUUAAGCUAACAAAGGAAUUAUUCUCUCAACCAGCAUUAAUCUAAGCAUAUCCAGAUCAGUUCACAUGCUGACAAUGAGUAAAUUAAAGUGUAUAAGCUGUAAAAUCCACUGUAAAAUCUCUGUUCUAGCAGUUUGACAGCUGCUGAGAUGGUGAUAAUAACAGAACAGUCUGUCAUAAGGAAGAAGCUGUAGUAGUGGUGGUGGGAGGCUGUGUUGGUGAAGGAGGGCAGCGGGAGAACCUGGAUUUUGGACCGGAUAAAAAUGGCUAAAACCCAGACCCAAGGCAAUGGAGUCCGGCCUGAGGACGGGCAGAGUUUGCGGGACCGGACUGGACUUUUAACCGAGCCAGAGAGCCUUUCUCCUGGAUCCCAGAGUGAAAGCAAUGGCUCUGCCAACUCAGAGAAAGCCACGGAUAAAUAUGGGUUUAUUGGAGGAGCUCAGCAGUACACUGGAGACUCUGCUGAAGAAAUUCCUACAGAUGUGCUGAGACAGAGGGAGGUGAAGUGGCUGGAGAUGCUAAGCAGCUGGGACAAGUGGAUGAGCAAAAAGCACAAAAAGGUGAAGUUACGCUGUCAGAAGGGAAUCCCGCCAUCGCUCAGAGGCCGAGUCUGGCUCUAUCUCUGUGGAGGGAAGGUUAAAAUGGAGCAGAACGCGCACCGGUUUCAGGAUUUGGACAGCCAGCCUGGAGAUCCUAAAUGGGUGGACGUGAUUGAGAAGGACCUCCACAGGCAGUUUCCUUUCCAUGAGAUGUUUGUAGCUCGAGGAGGCCAUGGGCAGCAGGAUCUGUUCCGGGUGCUAAAGGCCUAUUCGCUGUACCGGCCAGAGGAGGGUUAUUGUCAGGCUCAAGCUCCGAUUGCUGCGGUGCUGCUGAUGCACAUGCCAGCUGAGGAAGCGUUUUGGUGUUUGGUGCAGAUCUGUGAGAAGUAUCUGCCUGGAUAUUACAGUGCCGGCCUGGAAGCCAUUCAGCUGGAUGGAGAGAUUCUGUUUGCGUUACUGAAGCGGGUGUCCCCUGUGGCCCAUCGGCACCUGAAGAAGCACAAGAUCGACCCCAUCCUGUACAUGACUGAGUGGUUCAUGUGUGUGUUCUCUCGAACGCUGCCGUGGGCGUCGGUCCUGCGGGUCUGGGAUAUGUUCUUCUGCGAAGGAGUGAAAAUAGUCUUCAGAGUGGGGCUAGUGCUGCUGAAAUGCAUGCUGGGGUCUCAGGAGAAGCUAAAGGUGUGUCAGGGGCAGUAUGAGACGAUGGAGCUGCUUCGGGCCAUUGAGCCUCGCUAUAUGCAGGAGGGCUUCCUCAUUCGAGAGAUUUUGGAACUGCCGGUGUCUGAGCGGGACAUUGAGAAGGAGCAUUUAUCUCAGCUGCGUUUGUGGAAAGAGUCGAGAGGAGAGCUGCGCUGUAAAUCUCCUCCCAGAAUGCACGGCGCCCGCGCAAUCAUGGCCGCCGAUCCACCCAGCAAGCAGGACCUGCGGCAGAGACCCACCAUCACUGUGGAGUUCCCUCCAUCCUCCAAAAACACAGAAGAGGAGAAGGACAAGAAGAAGACGAAUGGCCAGAAAACGGAAACUUCUCCGCCUGAGACAGCCAAUCAGCAUCUAUUACCACAGGACCAGCUUUUACCUGGCCAACCACAGCCACUGCUGAAGGACACGCCCCUUCAGGGGUCCAAUCAGAGUCUGAGUAGUGCAGAACAUGACACAUACCUUUAAAGAGAGAGAGAGAGAGAAAGAGAGAGGCUGAAUCCCAAACCGCCCCCUAGUGGAUAUAUAGUAAACUACAUAGAUCAUGUAUUUAAAGAUUUCUUGAGUGUGAGAUGCUUAACAACACUCAUAGACACAGAUAUAUUGGAAAAUAAUAUAUAUUUUUUAAUUCUAAUUUAACCUGGUAAUUUGUUACAAAAUAACAUCUUGAAAGCUUGAUUUAAGUUGAUUUUAGGCCAAGUAUAAACUAAAAUAUUUUUUUUCUGUCUUAUGUGUAAUACAAUCUUGUAUUUCAUAGAAAAUAACUUUAAAAUCAAAGGUAGCAAAUUAUAUAAAGCAGGGUUGACAAAUUGUAUAUUUUUAAAUGAUUUAUUAUUUAAAACAAUAAUGCAAAAAGGUUCUGCUAAUCUUUUUGAAUUAGAAAUGUGUAUUUAAUAGUCUAAUUAAGUGCUGUAAUGAAAAGUGUAUCUGUUUAUUGUUUAAGUACUUUGUAAGUACUGGAAAUACAAUGUUGUGUAUCACAAUAAUGAUAAAAUAUCAUCAUAUCUCCCACCUCUGUUGGAAUAUAUGUUAAUGUACAAAAAUGUACAAGUAAUUUUGGACCAUUUAUUUUUGUUAGUCUGUUAUGAAAUAUAUACACAAUAAAAUAGAGCUUGGCCUUUCAAGUUUUUCAGAUUCAUGUUUAGCAGAAGUGUUUAUUGAUAAAUAAUAUAUAAUUUAACUAAAUGACUAUUUCCAUAUUUCAUAAAUAUUGAUAACAGUUACUACUGUGUGUCCAAUAGGAGGCUGUUUGGGAUUCAGUCAGACAGUGAGGGUAUAUGAGGUUGAUUGAGAGAAGCAGGUAGUGCCACAAAUGAAACACAUCAGAUCUCUGUAUAAACAGAGGCUUUAAAUCAUCAUCUGGAUCUGUGAAUGUUUACUUACUGACCCUCCACUCCCUACAAAUGUGUUCUUAUCUAGAUACUGCACUGUUAAGUUGGACAGGCUUAACAAAACACUGCUAAACCCACAUUCAUCCCUGUAGCUCCCAAUAUCUACAUUUAGAGUGUUAUUAACAUCCAGUACCAGUCUGUCCAUCACAAUUUUAAUUAUUAUAAAAUGUUCUGCAUUGUAGAUUAAUACUAAAGUCAUCCAAACUAUGGAAAAAAAACAUUAUUAUUUGUUAAACAAAAAGUGUUAAACAAACCAAAAUAUGUUUUACAUUUUGCAUUUGUCAAAAUAACACCUCUUGCUUUGAUGAUUUCUUGGCAUCUUGGCUGGAUUUUCUCAGUCAGCUUUAUGAGGUAGAGUCACCUGGAAUUCAGGCUUUCAGUUAACAGCUGUGCUGAACUCAUCAAGAGUUAAUUACUUGAAUUUCUUGCCUCUAAAUAUGUUUGUAAAGAGCUUAAUUUAGUAUGCAGUGAAUAGCCCUUUUGAGUAAUGUUCUAAUCAAUAUUAUUGCAAGAACUACUCAAGUAAGUAAGGAAAUAUAAACAAUAAUACUUUAUUGGUCAAUCUGAAAGUCAGUUUUACGAACUUUGAAAGUAUCCUCAAGUGCAGUCUAAAAAAGACCAUCAAAAACGUUAUAAUGAUGAAACUGGCACUCAUCAGGACUGUCACAUGAAAAGAAUAGCAAGAGUUUCCUCUGUUGUACAGGAUAAGAUCAUCAGAGUUAUCAGGCUCAGAAACCACAAGUUAACAAACAGCUCCCCAGAUAAGAGCAUCUAAAUGCUUCACAGAGUAUUUUGGUUUGUUUAACACUUUUAAGUUACUACAUGAUUCCUCAUGUGUUCCUAUGGAUCACUUCACUUAUUCAUUUAUAAUGUAGGAAAAAUAAAAUUAAAUGAGAUGUGUCCAACCUUUUGACUGGUGCUGUAUAUUAAUAACAAACAAUAAAUGUAAGUUUUGUGAUAUUAAACACUGAGGAGGUGGAGCUACAGUCUUUCAUUAGGGUUGUGUUAUAAAUCCUGUCCAACCUCUCAACAGUUUGAACAUCUUUGUGGGUGGGGCUUGGCUCAAGCUAUUUUGUCUUAAGGCCAGCAUAGCUGCUGUUCUGGAACACGCUCAGGGGUCUUUAUCCAAUCAGACUGGACUACAUUUCCCAGAAUGCAGUGGGAGAAAUGAAGGAUUGUGUAUGUGUGUGUUCAUAGAACUGGGGAUGCCAAGCACACACCAACAUACACACACACACACACACACACACACAGAUAAUCAUCUAAAAUGAAGGUGGUCUCUGAAUCAUCACUGUGUGAUAUUAAGAUCUAAAAGCAGAAGCAUUUACUGCAUUUUAGCAGACUGCUGGUUUCCUCAGCUGAGCUUCAUCUUAAUUAAAGCAAACUGAUUUAAAACUUUUAAACUUUUAAUCCACAGCUUCUUUAUUAGAGACACAUUUGCCGAUACAAUUAUUUAAAUUUCUGCUUAAAUGCUUUCAUUUCAUUUGAAUAAGAUUCAAACAAAUUCAAAUUAAAUUGCAGCGUGUGAAAAACUACAUUUCCACAGUAGUAUAUGUUUAAAUUCAUUUAUUAUUUUAUUAUUUUUGAAAAAAACACUUGAUUGCAUGUUAAAAUGUAUUUUAUUUCACUCAUAAAAAAUAUCAAAUUUAUUUGCUUUUUUUUUUUUUUUAGAUAUAUGAUAGAAAAAAUAAUUAUAUAUCAACACACUCCUAAAAUAAUCUUAACAUAUUUUUUCACGUUUUUCAGGAAAAACAAAUACAAUUUUUCAGGAGGUUUAAGAGGAUAGUUUAUCAUAAAAUUGAGCAGCAGAACCAACUAGAAACCUUAAUCUUAAUCCUAAUUCAACAUUUCUAAUGAAAAUACUGAUUGAAAAGACAGAAAACAUUUUAACAGCCACAAACUUUAGAGCCUUUCUACCUUAGUUUUUUGGAUUAAGCCUUUUUACUGACUAAAAUAUGGACUAUUCAAAUAAUGCUCAGUAGUAAUCCUUAACACCUCUUGCAAUGUUUAUAGCUGUUUUUAGGCUUUAUUAAUAAGAAGUAAACUUUAUUCUAUAGUAUAAUUGCGGCCAAGUCCUAAAUAAUGGAGAUUAGUUUAGUAAGACUUUUGAUCUUGGAAAGCUAUUACAAUUUUUUUGUUAUAUUUUAUUAUGAUUUUUAUUUGAUUAGGAGUAAUACAUGAUCUAAAUCAGAUAUUAUUCUAAAUUUGUAGAAUAAUCAAAUGAUAAUGAGGAGAUGAUUUGGGCAAAAAAAGUCAAUUAUUUUAGAAAGCUGAUAAAGAGAUGUGGAUUCAUAAAGAAAUUGUGGAUUAAAAACAUGUUAAACUCCUUAGAUAUGUAAACUGAAUUGAGUUUGUUGCUGCAGUUUGUGCUGUUGGCCACUAGAGGCUGCACUUGGGCCUUUUUUCAUUUUUUCUGAUUUCUUUCUAAAGAUUGAAAUCAUGGGGCCAAUACUGACCAUCAGAAGACCAAAGCCUGCUGCUGCUGCUGCUGUGCUGUUUUCCUCUUUCACACGCCUGUAGUUUACUGUCUAAAUUACUCAGAUUCAUUACACUAAUUAUUUAACAUCAUUAUUUCAGAGCCUGAGCUCCAGUAAAUGAUUGGACACAGUGCAGCUCUAUACAGGGAGGAAGCUUUCAGCUUGUGCCAAAUGAGCAAGAGGACAUACAGUAUAUUCAGCACUAAGCUUUUAUUUUAUUUUUGCUUUAUUUUACCAAAUAACUGAAUCACAUUUUUUAGGGAUGCACUGAAAUAAAAAAUGGCUGCAAUUAGCAUGGUUUAAAUUCAAAUAUCAUGGACAAAUCGAUUACAAUUGCCAUUUUCAGCCAAAUAAUUUUGAACUGAAUUUUCUGUAUUUAUUAAUCCUGACUUAGUCCUUAGUCCUUCAAAUAAUGGGUUAAUGGAAGUAAAUUGGGCCAAAUUGCUGCAUAAGUCUCAAAAGCCCAGUUCACUCCCAUUUAAAUACAUAAGAUAUUAAGAAUAAAUGCUGACAUGAGCUGGUGGACCUGAUCCCCAUCAGUCGUACACACAUGGGAUAAGUGCAUGCUGAUUCUGUUUAAACAGAAUUAAUUUUGUAUUUGCAUUGGGACUAUCAAUAAUUCAUAAUGUGAUAUAGCUGUUAUGGAUAUUUGUCACUCAAAAGUGGGAGAAAUAUGUUGCAUUAAAGGAAUACGUCAGCAGUUCUGACUACAUACAUUUUAUUAAGGGUGUUUAUGAAUAAAUAGUUUAUUGUACAAUUUAUUAUUAUUGAUUUAUAGGACCAAUAUCAGCAAAAUAAUGUAUUAAAAUAAAAAGAAAAACAUGAUUGUUAAAUACAAACAUUAUUUAUCUGUCUAUUCUCCCUACAGUUAAGCAGAAGCCCCGCCCAUUCACACUGAAGUUAUACGGAAGGUUUCAUCCUGUACUGCAUUUUGAACAACUCAUAAAACAAGUCAGCCAAUCAGAAUGUAGCACAUUUAUGUAUAACACUCUUAUAGUAAUAGUAACAAAUAACCAACCACAUUGCCCUUCUACUCACUGGCCACUUUAUUAGAAACCCCAUGUCACCUUGUCUUUUUUACUCACUGGCCACUUUAUUAGAAACCCCAUGUCACCUUGUCUUUUUUACUCACUGGCCACUUUAUUGGAAACACCUACCACAUUGUUUUUCUACUCACUGGCCACUUUAUUAGAAACACCAAUUACCUUGUCUUAUACUCAUUGGCCACUUUAUUGAAAACACCUACCACCUUUUCCUUCAACUCACUGGCCACUUUAUUGGAAACCCCUGCCACCUUGUUUUUUUACUCACUGGCCACUUUAUUAGAAACACCUAUUACCCUGUCCUUCUACUCACUGGCCACUUUAUUAGAAACACCUAUUACCCUGUCCUUCCACUCACUGGCCACUUUAUUAGAAACACUUAUCCACUUGUCUUUCUACUCACUGUCCACUUUAUUGGAAACACCUACCCCAUUGUCUUUUAUCUCACUGGCCACUUUAUAACACUCUUAUAGUAAUAGUAACAAAUAACCAACCACGUUGCCCUUCUACUCACUGGCCACUUUAUUAGAAACCCCAUGUCACCUUGUCUUUUUUACUCACUGGCCA